AUGGGACGCUUACAUAAGCGUCAGAUCGGGAUUGACCUUGCAAAGUCCUCAACGUUCGGGCUUGUCUCCCCGGAAAAGAACUGCUGUAUCUACACCAUAACUCGCGUCCAGGUCUACACCUCACACAGCCACAACCCCUACCUGAACCUCUCGGCAGAGCACUUCCUCCUCCAGAACUCACACCCGGAGUCCACGGUCCUCUUCCUGUACACCAACGACCCGUGCAUCGUCAUCGGCCGCAACCAGAACCCAUGGCUCGAGGUCAACCUCGGCCUGCUGCGCGGCUUCAAAGCCAGGACGAGUGGUGAUGAAGGAGGCAAGACCAGCAGUGUCUCUCUCGUGCGCCGGCGCUCGGGCGGCGGCGCCGUCUUCCACGACAGCGGCAACGUCAACUUCAGCGUCAUCUGCCCGCCAGCAGCGUUCGACCGCAACAAGCACGCCGAGAUGGUAGUCCGGGCGCUCCGGGGGCUGGGCAUCGCCACGGCGCGGGUCAACGAGAGGCACGACAUCGUCCUCGACCGGGGAGGCCACGACGACAGUCGCGGAGGCUCACCACCAGCCGAGACGUUCAAGAUCUCCGGGUCCGCGUACAAGCUCACGCGCCUGCGGUCGCUGCACCACGGCACGUGCCUGCUCAACUCGCCGAACCUGGCUGACAUCGGGCGGCUUCUCAGGUCGCCGGCCGAGCCGUUCGUCAAGGCCCGCGGCGUCGAGAGCGUGCGCAGCAGGAUCUGCAACGUCGGGGUGCCUGCGGGGAACUUUAUGGACGCCGUCAGGCGCGAGUUCGGUGCCAUGUACGGCGCGCCGGAUGUCGAUGUUGGCUUGGGCGCCGGCGGGGAUGACGGCGCGGAUUUUGCGCACGAGACGAUACAGAAGGGGUACCGGGAGCUUACAUCCCGGGACUGGAUCUACAGCCAGACGCCGCUGUUUACCUUUUCGACACAUCCCUCCGAGGACGACCCCAGGGAGAGGCCGUCUGUUCCGCUGGACCUGCCAAAAAAAUUCCGCGCAACCAUCACCGCACGUCACGGGCAGAUUCAAGAGGCCGAGUUGUACGGCUUCGACGGCUCUGCCCUACAGGGCCAACACCUUCACACAGUCACCGACUGGCGAGAGAUCCUGUCACCUAGCGGUAAUAGCGCAUCACGGCAAGUCGGCAAGUGGUUCAACCACCUGUUUGGCAUUAGCGACACCGCGUGA